AUGUUCUGUUCCAAGUGGUUGUUAAGAUCCUCCAGGCAACGAGGGUUCUCCUCCUUCAUCAAACCAUCGUAUUCUGCUCAACCUUCAUCACCCACUCACCAAAGAAAAACUAUUCUUGACAUCCAGCAACAGCAUCGCGACAAGAUCCCCAUUACUUGUAUCACCGCUCACGACUAUAUCACUGGGAAGUUCGCAAAUGAAUCCAAUGUCGACGCAGUAUUGAUUGGUGACUCGCUAUCUAUGGUACAACUAGGAUACCCUUCCACUAACCAACUCAAAUUCGAUGAGUUCACUUACAUUGCCCAAGCGGUGUCGCGAGCUGUGACUUCGAAAUACUUGAUAUGUGAUUUACCCUUUGGUAGCUACGAAUCUCUGGUGCUGAAAGCUGUGGAGUCGGCAAUGAAACUUUUCCAAGACUGUGAUAAUUUACAAGCCAUCAAGAUCGAAGGAGGGGUCGAGUAUUUGGAAUAUUUCAAGAAACUUGACGAUAUUGGGAUCGCGGUAUGUGGUCAUUAUGGAUUGACCCCACAACGUCACGCGUAUCUUGGAGGGUACAAAUUACAAGGCGGAUCGAAGAAACUUCAACAAUCACUCGAGAUCUUUCAAACUUGUUUGAAAUUACAAAAUUCGGGGAAAGUGAAAAUGUUGGUGCUCGAAUGUAUUCCUCAAGCAUUAGGCCGGUUGAUCACUCAGAACCUUGAUAUUCCUACCAUUUCGAUCGGGGCAGGAAAAUAUUGUAGUGGACAAAUCUUGGUGCAAGCAGAUUUGCUUGGGAUGACGGGAUCGACCAACAAUAUCAAGUUUGUAAAGCAAUACGCCCUGUUCUACGAUACUGCCAUUGACGCUCUCAACGAUUAUGACCGUGAAGUGAAGAAUCAGCAAUUCCCUGGACCAGAACAUAGUUUCAUGAUGUCGAAAGAUCUGUACCAGGAAUUAGAUUAUGAGAUUAAGAAGAUGGUCAAGAGCUUUUAG